AGAGCUGUCUGUACGUUAGAGUUUACAGUUUCUCCUGAAGCUGAAUUCAGAUCAGCUCUUAGAGGGGUUCAGUGAAGCUCAGUCUGGCUCAGUCUACCUAAUAUGUUCAAUCCCGCCUACUGUAAGGCAGCCCGAGGACCUCACAUAGUAAAAUGGCUGAAAAACAGAAACACGAAGGCAGGGUAAAGAUAGGACACUACAUCCUCGGAGACACGCUGGGAGUCGGAACAUUUGGAAAAGUAAAGAUUGGAGAGCACCAGCUAACAGGACACAAAGUUGCUGUGAAGAUCCUCAACAGACAGAAGAUCCGCAGUCUCGAUGUUGUGGGGAAAAUCAAACGAGAGAUUCAGAACCUUAAGCUCUUCAGACAUCCACACAUCAUCAAGCUGUAUCAGGUGAUCAGCACUCCCACCGACUUCUUCAUGGUGAUGGAAUAUGUGUCUGGAGGGGAACUCUUUGACUAUAUCUGUAAGCAUGGAAGGGUGGAGGACACCGAGGCGAGACGUCUUUUCCAGCAGAUCAUCUCAGCUGUAGAUUACUGCCACAGACACAUGGUGGUGCACAGAGACCUCAAGCCAGAAAAUGUACUGCUGGAUGGCAACAUGAAUGCCAAGAUCGCUGACUUUGGUCUGUCAAACAUGAUGUCAGACGGAGAGUUCCUGAGAACAAGCUGUGGAUCACCAAACUACGCUGCACCAGAGGUCAUUUCAGGAAGGCUGUAUGCUGGUCCAGAGGUGGACAUCUGGAGCUGUGGCGUCAUUCUCUAUGCACUGCUCUGUGGGACUCUGCCAUUCGAUGACGAGCACGUGCCCACCCUCUUCAAAAAGAUCCGUGGAGGGGUCUUCUACAUGCCAGAAUACCUCAACCGCUCAGUAGCCAGUUUACUAAUGCUCAUGCUACAGGUGGACCCACUUAAGAGAGCUACUAUCAAAGACAUCAGAGAGGAUGAGUGGUUUAAACAGGACCUUCCUGGCUACCUCUUCCCCGAGGACCCCUCGUACGACUCCUCAGAGGUGGACGAGGAGGCCGUGCGGGAGGUGUGCGACAAGUUUGAAUGCACUGAAGCCGAAGUACUGAGCAGCCUCUACAGCGGAGACCCUCAAGACCAGCUGGCCGUGGCGUACCACCUCAUCAUCGACAACCGGAGAAUCAUGAACCAGGCCAGCGAGUUCUACCUGGCCUCCAGUCCCCCGACUGGCUCAUUCAUGGAGGAGGGCAUGCCCCUGCCACCAGGGGUCAAACCUCACCCCGAACGGAUGCCCCCGCUCCUGGCCGACAGCCCUAAGGCACGGUGCCCUCUGGACGCCCUCAACACUACCCGACCCAAACCGCUGGCGGUAAAGAAGGCAAAAUGGCACCUGGGCAUUCGGAGCCAGAGCAAACCGUACGACAUCAUGGCUGAGGUUUACCGUGCCAUGAAACAGCUGGAGUACGAGUGGAAAGUGGUGAACCCGUAUCACCUGAGAGUGCGCCGGAAGAAUCCUGUCACUGGGAAUUUUGUGAAGAUGUGUCUGCAGCUCUACCAGGUGGACAACCGUAGCUACCUGCUCGACUUCAAGAGCAUCGAUGAUGAUGUGAUCGAGCACAAGUCAGGGUCGUCGACUCCUCAGCGCUCUGGCUCUACAGCCGGCCUCUAUCGACCACGGCUCAGCAUCGACUCUGCGAGUGUGGCCGUUGAGAUGCCCCAGCUCAGCAGCUCUCUGCCGGGGUCUCUGACCGGGAGCACACCCCUGCUGGCCCCGCGUCAGGGCAGCCACACCAUGGACUUCUUUGAAAUGUGUGCCAGUCUCAUUACUACCUUGGCUCGCUGAGACCAACGCGCCCACAAAACACCGCCAUCUGGUGGUCUUUACCUCUUAGAAACCAGUCAAAAGGUGAAGGGUUAAGGGGUUGUGAAUUAUGGAGUUCAGGGUUGCUUUUAUGUCGGUCCCACAGUAGCAGCACGGACAUACAGUGGCCCCAAAAAGGUUUUGGACACUAAAGACACAGGUAUGAGUCAUUGUAUUAGUUAACCAAUCAUAUCAAGGCAAUCAGCAAACAAGUCACGUCCAAGUCACUUUAUCAUGUCCAUUUUAAAGCAGCACUAUGCAGUUUUUUUUUUUUUUACCUUAACUGAAUAGUUUCAGAGUUAUUGCAAUGGUUAUAUAACUAUUUAUAGUCAUAUAAAUAGUCAUAUAACCUUUAUGACUAUUUAUAUGAUUUUUACGACAGUACAAGUACUCCACAGCGACUCUUGGGGUCACAGUUUGACAAAAAUGGAAAUCCUGCAUAGUGCUGCUUUAAAUAUUUAUGCAAUAUAAUUCAUAAUUAUAUACAACGUGGCAUGCAAUUUAUUAUUUGUACCAUAAUAAUAUAGAGGUGGAAUAAUAAUAUAACAAUGAAAAUUAUUAUUAUUACUAUAUAAUAAUAACAACAACAAUUAUUAUUAUUAUGUUCCAUUAAUGUUUGACAACUAGACAUUGUCCAUAUACGUUUGACAUUUUCCCCCAUAACUUUUAUUUUGUAACUGUAUAUGUAUAGCUUUUAUUAUUUUAAAGCUACACUGUGUGAUUUUUACCCCC